AAAAAGCGCCGCCGAGCAGAGGAAGCGCGAUUAGUGGGGGAGAUGGCGGCAGUGCUGCAGCAGAUACUGGAGCGGACUGAGAUAUCUAAACUGCCCAAAGCAGUUCAGACUAAGCUGGAGAAAUAUUUUGCCGACCAGCAAAGUGAGAUUGAUGACCUGAAAGCCCACCAUGAGCAGUUCCGAGUGGACAGCGAACAGCAAUACUUUGACCUGGAGAAGAGGUGCACUGACAGCCAAGACCAGUUUCUGUCACUGACAAAAGAGCGUCAUAAAUUGAAGGAGGAACUGGAUAAGCUCGAUGAAGAGCACAAAUGUCUGCGUGAGAAGACCAAGGAUCAAGAAUCCUCCUAUGCAAAGCUGGAAUUGGAGCAGCGUCAACUCUCCAAAGCUAAGGAUGAGCUGGAGGCAGAGAAGCGAGAGCUUGUGCGGAUACUGGAGAGAAGAUCCCAGGAGGUGGAGAGUCAGAGUGACGACUUGAAACGGCUUAACGACAGACUAGUGGAAGUUAAUGCAGCAAAGAUGCAGCUGCAGCUGAAGCUAGAUGAGCUGGAGGCCGCAGAAGUCUCGAUAAAGUACAAGGAGAAGCGAAUGGAGCAGGAGAAAGAGCUCCUGCAGGGUCAAGUGACCUGGCUAAAUGAUGAGCUGAAGGCUAAAAGCGAGGAGCUUCUCUCCCUCUCCCGACAGAAAGGCAGCGAGAUCUUGGAUCUUAAGUGCAACCUGAACGACAAGGAAGACGAGAUCUCCAGACUCCAAGACCAAGUGACCAGUCUGAAGGCCUCCAAUGAGAACCUGCAGAAGCAAACAGAGGACAUGAUCAGCAAACUGAAAGAGGCCAAAGAACAGCAAGCCAGUUUGGAGGAGAAGUUCAGGAAUGAGCUGAAUGCGAACAUCAAGUUGUCAAACUUGUACAAGGGAGCGGCAGAUGAUGCAGAGGCCAAGAGUGAGGAGUUGAACCGAGCUGUGGAGGAGCUGCACAAGCUGCUGAAGGAGGCAGGCGAGGCCCACAAAGCUCUGGAGGUGAAGAUCGCCGACAUGGAAGGUGAGAAGCAGAGGGAGGUUGCUGAGCUCAAACAGCAAAUCAGCAGCCUGGAGAAAGAGCUGGACAACGCCAAUGAGCUUCUGUCAGACACAAAGCACAGAGUUGGUACGACAUCUGCUUCAAUCCUUACGGAGGAGCCGCUGACCACCAUGUCUCCCACCGCGGCAGCCAUCACCAAGAUCAAGCCAGGCAUGAAGCUCACUGAGAUCUACACUGCAUAUAUCGAGUCCCAGGAGCAGCUGCAGCUGGAGAGGCUGGAGAACAAGCGUGUGAACAAGUACUUGGAUGACAUUGUGCAGGAGGUGGAGGCAAAGGCACCCCUCCUGAAGAGGCAGCGGGAGGAGUUUGAUCGCAUGCAGAAGUCUGUGGACAAUCUGUCCACCAAACUGGAGCAAGCCGUGCAAGAAGUGCAGCGCUUACAGAGGGAAGCAGACGAGGCCAACAAAUGGUCAUCUAUGCUGGAGAGAGACAACCAGAGGUUUGAGGUGGAGUUGGCUGACUUGGCUCAGCAGGUGCGGGUGCUGCUGGUAGAGCUGGAGGAGGCACGUGGGAACCAUGUGUUGCAUGACGAAGAUGACCUUAACUCAGCAGAUGUGAGCAGCACUUCAGAGGUGAUAUCCCAGCACCUGGUCACUUUCCGCAGUGUAGAGGAGCUGCAACAGCAAAACCAGCGCCUCCUGGUGGCCCUCAGAGAACUUGGUGAAGCGCAGGAGAAAGAAGAGAUGGAGAGCGAGAGCACCAAACACCGUGAGCUGCAGAAGACUGUGGAGAAGGCCCAGAGUGAACUGGAGCAGCUGAGAGAGCAGCGUGCAAAACAAAUGGAGCACGUAGAGUCCAUCGUGCACCAGCGAGACACGUACCGCAUUCUGCUAACCCGGAUCACAGGGGUCAACUUCCCCCAGCAAGGAACCAUUCCAGAGGAGUUCUCCCGCACCUCCACCCCCCGCCGCUCCCCUGCAGUCACACCCACUACUGCUACACCCACUGGACUUGUUGCCACUGCAAUAGAGGCUGCAGAGACAGUGGAGGCCAAGGCUGCCCUGAAGCAGCUCCAGGAAGUGUUCGGGUCCUACAAGAAGGAGAAGGCUGAUAGUGAGAAGGCUCUGGGUGACCAGUGUGAGAAGCUUCAAGAUCAAGUGUCCGAGCUGCGCUCCCAGAACUCAAAGAUCUCCACUCAGCUGGAGUUUGCCUCCAAGCGGUAUGAGAUGCUGCAGGAUAAUGUUGAGGGUUAUCGUAAAGAAAUUGCCUCUCUGCGGGAGAAGACCCAAAAACAGGCCACAGCUGUCCAGAAGAGUGAGCAAACCGUUCACACGCUCACACAAGACCUGCGUGCAGCUAAUGAGAAACUCACCAUGGCUGGGUCCCAAGUGGAGAGUCUGCGCAAGGAGAGGGACAUAUUGAAAGUGGUGGAGUCCAGGCUGAACCAGGAGAAAGAGUCCAUCCUCUCGCAGCAGCGCAGCCAGAACCUCCUGCUCACCAACCUCAAAUCAAUUCAGGCCACUCUGGAGCGUUCAGAGACCGAGACCAGGCAGCGGCUGAUGAUGCAGGUGGAGAAGCAGGAGCGAGAGAUCAGCCAGCUGCAGAAGAGACUGGAGCACGAGGUGGAGCAGAGACACCUGCUGGCGCGCAACCAGGAUAUGCAACUGCUGGAUGCUAAAAAGCAGCUUGAGGCCCAGACUGCUCUGUACCAAAGGACCAGAGAGCAGCUGAACGCUGCCCAGCAGGAGCUAAGCACUCUCCGGCAGCAAGUGAACAGUGAAGAGGGUCGACUGCCAUCGCCCGCCGCACAUACUGGCCUCGCAGGACUUCAAGGUGGUGAAGGUGACGUGGAAGAGCUUCUUACUCGUCUGAAGCAGGCUGAGGGUAAAGCAGAGGAUCUCGCUGAGAGAGUAAAGAGCGCUGCUUCCUCUGUCGAACAGUACAGAGCUAUGUGCCUCAGCUUGGAGGAGGCACUGGAGAAAGAGAAACAGGUGACCGAGCAAGUCAGGGCUUCGGUUGAGAGCCAGGUGAAGGAGGCUCAGGAGCAGCACCGGCAACUGGAGAGGAAGCUUCUAGAAGCUGAAAAGGAGAAGCAAGAAAUCCUGGAAGAGAAACAGAAAACUGUGGCAGCUGUUGAGCAGCAGGUGAGUGAGCUGCGGAAAAGUCUGAACAGCUUGCAAGCAGAGCAUCAGGAUGCCCUGCAGAAGGUUUCGGUGGCAGUGGCUCAAGAGCAGCAGGCCCUGCUGGAUGCUCAGGAGCAGGCCAGGCUGGCCGCUGAGGCCCAGGAUAAGUAUGAGCGGGAGAUGAUGCUGCAUGCUGCUGAUGUGGAGGCUCUGCAGGCAGCUAAAGCCCAGGCACUGCGAACCACCCAGCUCCGCCAGCAGCUGGAGGAGAAUGCCCAGAGGGCCAGUGCACAGCUGCUGGAGGCCCGUGUCUCGUGGGAGGAACAGGAGAGGAUCCUUAAGGAGGAGCAGACUAAGGUGGAAGUACGCUGUGAAGGCCUGCAGAAGCAGAAUGAGCUCCUCCAUGAGCAAAUUCAGAGCAUGAGUGGUAAGAUGGCCACUCAGCUGCAGCAGCAGCAGGCAGUCAGCGAGAGCUCCCUGAAUGUUUCUUUGACCGAGGAGGGCAAGUCACAAGAGCAGCUCCUUGAGAUCCUCAGGUUUGUGCGUCGGGAGAAGGAGAUAGCAGAGUCGCGUUUCGAGGUAGCUCAGGGUGAGACUUUAAGGCACAGACUUCGAGUGGAACACCUGGAGCGGGAGCUGAAGGAGGUACAGGACUCACUCAGUGCUGAGCGGGAGAGAAUGCAGGUGACUGCCAAGACUUUGGCCCAACAUGAUGAGCUCAUGAAGAAGACCGAAACCAUGAACGUACUUGUAGAGACCAACAAGAUGCUACGGGCCGAGAAGGAGAGGGUGGAGCAAGAGCUCCAGCAAGCUCAAGCCAAGAUUCGCAAGCUGGAGUCGGACAUCUUGCCCAUGCAGGAGUCCAACGCAGAGCUGAGUGAGAAGAGUGGCAUGCUGCAGGCUGAGAAGAAGCUUCUUGAAGAGGACAUAAAACGCUGGAAGGCCCGAACUCAGCACCUGGUGAGCCAGCAGAAGGACACAGACCCAGAAGAGUACAAGCGACUGCACUCAGAAAAAGAGGCACAUCUCAAACGUAUCCAGCAGCUGAUGGAGGAGACCACCCGGCUCAAAGCUGAAGCUGCCAGGAGUAGUGGAUCAGUCACCACGCUGCAGUCUCAGGUUCAGAACUUACGAGAAAACCUUGGCAAGGUGACUGUGGAAAGAGACAGCCUGAAGAAAGACCUGGAAGCAAAGACACUUGAUAUACAGGAGAAGGUCAAGACCAUCACACAGGUCAAGAAGAUUGGUCGUCGAUACAAAACACAAUAUGAGGAGCUCAAAGUUCAGCAUGACAAGAUGGUGGCAGCUGCAGCCUCAACUCCAACUCAAGACCAAGAGGCUCAGCAGGCCUCGGCACAGGAGCUGCAGAGCCUGCGAGAGUCCCUGAGUCAGUCGGAGACCAGGACCAGAGAGCUGGAGGGCCAAGUAGAAACCCUUAACAGGACGGUAGGGGAACGUGAGGUAGAAGCACGCAGCGCUCAGGAGCAAGCCUCCCGCUUGCAGGCUGAGCUGACACGCCUGCGUCAGGAGCUGCAGGAUAAAUCGUCUCAAGAGGAGCAGCUCAGGCAGCAGCUGGCCGAGAAGGAGGAGAGGACAAGGAAGGCGUUCAUGGGAGCCAAGCAAAAGAUCAACCAGCUCGUGGAUGUGAAGAGUCAGCUGGUGAAGGAGAACGAGGAACUGAAGCAGCAGCGUGAAGAGCUGGAGGUGCGUGUAAAUGCUCUGCGGUCCCAGUACGAGGGACGCUUGAGCCGGCAGGAGAAGGAGCUUCGGGACCUGCGUGAGCAGCAGGAGAGGCACGGAGAGCAGAGAGAUGAGCCUCCAGAGCAGGGAUCCAGCAAGACUCAGGAGCAGCAGAGGGCUACGGAACAGAGGCAGAUCUCUCUGAAGCCCACUCCAGCGACUGAGCGGGGAAGUGCAAGCACCUCUGAGCCUCCUACCGCUAAUAUAAAGCCCACUCCGCUGGUGGCGACCCCCAGUAAGCCUCCGGCCAUUCCUGGGAACAAGCCCACUCCAAGAGCAAGCAUCAAGCCAAUGAUCACUCCUGCCCCUGUGCCCACUCCAACUCCCACUGCUACAGUAAUGCCCACCACCCAGCUGGAGAGCCAGGAAGCCCUGCAGUCAUCAGACGCUUCACUGGAGCAUGUUCCAGUAUACAGUACCCCCAGUGGCUCAGUACGCUCCACCAGCCCCAACGUGCAGACCACACUUGCACAGCCCAUGCUCAGCUUUCAGCAGAGCCAGACAACCGCCUUUGUCCAGCCUACACAGCAACAGAGCCUGCCCCCCGCUGAGCCAGCUAGUCAGGAGCCAGCUGCUACUGCAGUUGCUGUGAUGAUGGAGGCUGCACCGAGCACCUCGCAGAUGGAGAGGCCUUCCACAUCUACAGCUGUAUUUGGAGCAGUAUCAGCCACUCCUGGCAGCGCUUUAUCCAAGCGGCCUCGGGAGGAAGAGCAGGAGAACAUGCCUGUGGACACUGAGCCCCAGGAGGAGCCUACUGAGCCCCCGAUAUCCAAGAAGCUCCGCAUGCAGAGAGUGGGGCUGGAGGAGGAGAUGCUUGCUGAGGACAGCACUGAGGCUGAGAGUGUUGUGCCAGGUGAAAGCCAAGAAGCCCCUGAUGCCACUGAGGAGCUGGAGCUGAACUACCCCACCCUGGAGAGGGGGGCCGAAUACGGGAUGUCUCAGGAGAUAAUGUUCUCUCAGGAGCCCGAGGCUGCACACAGCCAGGAUGAGCCCGAUGAGCCAGUCAUUGUUAUUGUCAGUGAUUCAGAAAGUGAAGAGGAGCAAGAGGAGGAGACAGAUGAAGAGGAACAGGAUUACCAAGAAGAGGAGGAGGAAGAGGAUGAUGACGACGAUGAAGGAGGAAUGGGAGAAGAAGGAGAGGAGAGCAACGAGGGGAGCGGCAGUGGAGAUCCUAAUGAGGCCUAUGAGGGGGACGACACGGAGGGUCCUGAUGCUACAGACCCCGGCACUGAGACAGAGGAGAGUCUUGGCGCAUUGGACUCUCAGGCUUUCACCAUGGGUGCCAGCUUAUCUGGGUCCUUCACCACAGAGCAACCAAUCAGCAGCUCUGCUCCCCGCCCUCCACAGUCACCACGGAGACCUCAGCAUCCACUGCCUCCUCGGCUCAACGUUCUGGCCCCGCCCACACAGGAGCUGGGUCCGCCUGCUCAAGUCCAGCGCAUCCCUGUCAGACGGCAGACAAGUGCACGUAGCCUUCAGCUUACUUCUGGAGUGGCUGGUAGUGCACAGCCACAACAGCAUUUCUAUGAAGAGGAAGACCGCAUGGUCCCCAGCACCCCGACUCUGAUGGUUCAUCGGUCAGACUGCUUCAAUGAGACAGUCAAUUCUCCACAGGUAGCCGGAGUGCCACGUUUUGGGUUCGGCCUCCCAGACGACGUCCCGCAGGCGAGCUCCACGCACUCUGACAUGGGCCUGCUGGCUGCACAAGGAGGGCUGGGCAUCUACGACAGCCCCCUGUUCCUGCCUGCUCAUGAGGAGGAGUCAGGAGGACGCAGCGUCCCCACCACACCGCUCCAGGUGGCCGCUCCUGUGACUGCAUUUUCAGAGACAUCCUCAGAGGUGACUGAACACGCCUCCCAGUCUGUGCCUAUGGUCAGCACGUCCACACCGGGCUUGACGACUGCAUCCGGGCCCAGCACCGCUGAAGAACAUGACGACCUCCUACUGGAAGCUGGAGUAGACGGGAGCAGUGCUGAGGCAGCGUUGGAGUCUGCGUCUCAGACAGAGGCAGAGGAGCCAGCCCAGCCUUCAGACGAUGCCAGUCUUCCCUCUACCAGCCAGGAGCCCUCUUCCAGCUCUGCAGACACAAGCAGCAGUCAGCCUCCCAAAGCCAGGACUGCAUCUGGAAGGCAAUGGACUCGAGAACGGGCCUCCAGAGGCUUCGUUAAGAGGGGUGGAUUAGGAGUUAUGGGGGUUCGUGGACGCUUUGCCAGAUGAAGCAAAAUCCAGAAGUACUGCAUUGAUUUCCGUCGCUACUACAACACAAAUUGUGACUGCAGCCGAGACGCUACUUCAUGUGUUUGACUAUAACCAUUUCCAUCUAUGUUAAUGCAUGUGGGUAGCCCACAGCAUUGGUUGGUUUUUAUAUGGAUACAAUAAAGAUUUCUUUUGAUAGAAAGUCA